AUGCUGCGACACCUGACCUCCAAAAUAAAAGCCACAGGUCCGAUCACGGUGGCGGAGUACAUGAGAGAGGCGCUCACCAACCCGGUGACGGGUUAUUAUGUGAGGAACGACAUGCUGGGACCCGACGGAGAUUUCAUCACAUCGCCAGAAAUCAGCCAGAUCUUUGGAGAGCUGCUCGGCGUCUGGACCCUCAGCGAGUGGAUGGCAGCCGGUCGCCCCAAACGGCUGCAGCUGGUGGAGCUCGGACCCGGAAAAGGAUCUUUAGCCGGGGACGUCCUCAGAGUGUUCAGUCAGUUGCGGUCCGUGGUGGGCGGAGCCUCGGUGUCGCUUCACCUGGUCGAGGUGACCGCAACCGGGAGGCGGACGGCGAGGACCAGCUGGUGUACCGCCGCGGGGAAACCGCCGCCGGGGUCCCGGUGUCCUGGUACCGCCGCCUGGAGGACGUCCCCUCAGGUCUGGAUCAGCUACGCCAAGUACGAGCUGUCCAUCAACAGCUCCGAGCGGCUGCAGAAGUGCCGGCAGAUCUUGGAGGAGGCCAACAAGGGCAUGAGGAACUGCGAGGAGAAGGAGGAGCGGCUGAUGCUGCUGGAGUCCUGGAGGGACUUUGAGAGGGAGUUCGGGUCCGAGAGCUCGAUGGAGAGGGUGAGGAAGCUGCUGCCGGACAAGGUGAAGAAGAGGAGGAAGCUGACGGCCGAGGACGGGUCGGACGCCGGCUGGGAGGAGUACUACGACUACAUCUUCCCAGAGGACGCCGCCAACCAGCCCAACCUCAAGCUGCUGGCCAUGGCCAAGAUGUGGAAGAGGCAGCAGAUGGUGGACGAGGACGGCGACGAGGACGGAGGAAACGAGGACAGAGGAGACGAGGACGGAGGAAACGAGGGCGAAGAAAACGGCGACGGGGGCGAGAAAAGUCCCGAGGAGGCCGAAGAGACGGACGAACCCGCCGCCGCUCCUGAGAACCGGCCGGAGAGAAACGCCGAGGAAACGGAGACGACGGGCGCCGAUCGGGACGACGAAGGCAGCAGCAGUGACAGUGAUGAUGGAGGGAAGAAAAAGGAGGAGGAGAAGGAGAGCAAGAGUGGAGAGGAAGAUAAAGAGUAGCUCUCCGCUCUGGAUCCAUUUUUCUACCCAUCUGUUCCUGUUUUCUUUUCUUUUUUACAAAAAGCAGCCGAUGAGUGUUUAUUGUACGACGUGUUUUCUGCAUUAUACAAACAUCAAUUUUUCAUAAUAAAACGUGAGAAUGUACAGGAAAUGAAACCGUGAUUGAUCCUCUUUGGGACCAACAGCUGGUCUGUCACAGCGUGACUAUGUACAACGUGAAUAGCCCGUGAUAUUAAAUAUGACAAUAACGUUAUGAGGGUGCAGGGAGCCACGGCGACCGCUACUCGAUGUCCUCCGGUCUGACGGGGUGCGGCAGCGGGACGAUGGACUUCUUCUCCGUGUCUCUGGACAAAGCUUUCCUCAUGUCUGCAACCAGGAGACAACAAGGUCAGGGUUCCUUCUGGAGCAACAGCGCCCCCUUAUGGUGAAACAAGAGGCUUUAUAUUUACACUUAUGGGUCAGUUCAUCUAAAUACAUUUGAUUUAGUUUUCUUUCAUUUGUCCAUGUUUUGAGAUAUUUCUUCUGAAACUUUAAAUUCAAAGCUUUGAAAAUAAAAACGGGUCCUUUUGCAGAAGGAUUUAUUUAAUGUA